AUGAAAAACAACAACAGCAUCAGUUUGUUACGACCACCAACACCACCUUUUGCUACAAAAGGCCUUCUCCUCUUGACUCUUGUGGUAUUCAUUCUCUUCGUCGUCGAGUUUGAAUUCAUUCAAAGUGUUCAUUCUUUAACGUCUUCUACAGUUUCUGCUCCUUCUCCACGCAAUCACACAAAACAAGCUUCUUCUUUCUCUCAACAACAAUCAUCCAAUCCUCUCGAACAAGAUUUACAGCAACAACAUCUUCAUGAACGAUAUAUGCAAACAUUUUGGAUUCAUCGAGAACAUUACAAGUUUAAUUCGGCAGUCUUGUUUGAGAAUGUCACUUGGUGGUUGUUGGCAGUGAUGGGAAUGGUGUAUGUGGUGAUGGAGGGACCAAAGAUGUUUCAAAAGGGUGGAAAGCAGCAAUUGAAGGAAAAGACUCAUUGA